CACACACACACACACACACACACACACACACACAAAACAGCCUUUCCCUCUGCCCGCAGGAGUCCAGACACAGCGGCUGACAAAGCACAGGGAGAUCUUGGGGACUGGCAGGGAAUUGGGGAGGGUGAGUAGGGGAUGCCUUCCACAUCCCAAGUGCAACCCAGCAUCCCUGGGGAUCCCUCAGCAUUGCCUGACCCGGUCCAAUUCUUGUUAAUCACUUCCAGGCUUCCCAGGAAACAACCUUGAGGAGACAUCCCACCCUCUCCCCCACCUCCAGUACUCCUCCCCAUCAACAGAUAACCUUGUCCUGGUCAGAAACCGGGAUCCAGGUGGGCAUUGCCUGGAAUGAACCCACUGUCGCUCCCCGCUGACCGGCCACCUCGAGAAAGAACCCAGUGGAAAGAGAUCCCAGGAUUAGGUUUAGGAUGUGGCGGCGAAAAGCACUUGCUGGUUUGGGAGCUAAGCACCUCAAGGCUCCCCUAUUUCUAGUUUAUUUGCAAACUGUGGUGGGAUGGGUAGUGGGUGUGGAAGUCCUUAUUUGUGUCUUUCUGCACAUGAGUAGCUGUCAUUAGCGUUGACCUGCUCUGUGUGUGCCCAUCUGCAUAUGCAAACAAACCCUGGGGUUCCUGCUUUUCCAAAUUCAGCUGUCGGAAAAAGUGGCUAUAGCCACAAGCAGUUGGGAAAGGUACAAACUGGAGGGGAGGGGUUCAAGGGGAGGAUAGGGAACCGUCUGCAGAGUUUGGCUGCCCAAGGGGUGCGGCAGACUCUGAGGUUUGUCCCACCCCAGGCUAGCUGGGGAGCUGGACACCGGAGCCACUCUCACGUUCUGUCUGGGCAGCACAAGGGCUCUAUUAACACUGAGUGCCCUAGUGGGCAGCUAAGAACCACUAGGUCCGACGGCAAUCCCUGCAAGGUCUUAGGCGCCAGGCAAGGCCCAGGGGAUGAGGCAGGAGGAGGGAGAGGAGGGGUGGGGAGGGGGGAGUGGAUCUCAAAUUUCAGGAAAAGUCCAAGAAAUACAUUCCCUUUCGCCGCUGCCCCUUCUCCAACCCCAGACUCGGACCCAUACAUACGCCCCGGGCACCUGCCCACUAUCUGCAUCCCUCCAGCAGGUCCUGACUCAGGAUUCACCUAGGGUAGGAUCUGGAGAGGAAGGAAUCUCGGGUCCAUUAAGAGGCGUCUAGGACCCAUCGUGUCCCACCCUCAACCCGUCUAGUAAGAGGCAUAUUGCCAGCUCUGUUGCGGGAUGGGAUAGGGAAGAGAAAAGGCAAAGGAAAGCAGUUCAGAGAUGAACUGAACCAGGAUAGUUGGGCAGAGCCUUUAGGGCUCCCCCUAUCCUGGGAGGAGACGCAUCUCCAGACGUGAGGGGGUUAAGCCUCGACAGCUCCACGUAGGAAGUUGGCUCCUGAUGCUGUCUGCGGUCUGGGAUCCUGCAUAUAUAGGGCGGGGACCUCAACUGAUUGCAGGACUCAGCUCCCACCAGUUUAUGCCUCCUUUCUUGCACUUCAACGACUAUGGCUCCCUCAGCCCACCUGGUUGGCUUCUGCCUGCUGCUAGCUGGCCUCCUGCCUUCUCUGCAGGCCUGCCCUCAGAACUGCCACUGCCAUGGUGGGGACCUGCAACAUGUCAUCUGUGACAACGUGGGGCUCCGCAAGAUCCCGAAGGUGUCUGAGAAGACCCGGCUGCUCAACUUGCAGCGCAACAACUUUCCGGUGCUGGCAGCUAACUCCUUCAAAGCCACCCCAGCCCUGGUCUCCCUGCAUCUCCAGCACUGCCAGGUGCGCGAAGUGGCCGCCGGCGCUUUCCGAGGCCUCAAGCAGCUUAUCUAUCUGUACCUGUCCAACAAUGACAUUCGGGUCUUGCGCAACGGCGCCUUUGAUGACCUCACUGAGCUCACCUACCUCUACCUGGACCACAACAAGGUAAGCGAAUUGCCUCGGGGAUUGCUCUCCCCCCUAGUCAACCUCUUCAUCCUCCAGCUAAGCAGCAACAAGAUUCGAGAGCUGCGCCCAGGAGCCUUCCAGGGCGCCAAGGACCUGCGCUGGCUCUACCUGUCAGACAAUGCCCUAAACACCCUGCAGCCUGGAGCCCUGGACGAUGUGGAAAACCUUGCGAAAUUCCACCUGGACAAGAAUCAGUUGUCCACUUACCCCAUUGCUGCCCUGAGCAAGCUGAGAGUGGUGGAGGAAUUAAAAUUGUCUCACAACCCACUUAAAGUCAUCCCAGAUCAAGCCUUCCAGUCUUUUGGACGAUAUUUGGAGACCCUCAUCGUGGACAACAUGAACCUGGAGAAGUUCUCUGAUGGUGCUUUCUUGGGUGUGACCACCCUAAAACAUGUCCACCUGGAGAACAACCGGUUGAGCCAGCUGCCCUCUAAUUUCCCUUUUGAUGGUUUGGAGACACUGACCCUGAACAACAAUCCUUGGAAGUGUACCUGCCAGCUCCAUGGCCUUCGAAGGUGGCUGGAGGCCAAGGCUUCACGCCCUGAUGCAACAUGUGCAUCUCCCACUAAGUUCCGAGGUCAGCACAUCCGGGAGACGGCAGCUUUCCGAGGCUGCAAAUUCCCCACCAAGAGAUCUAAGAAAAACAGCCGCCAUUAAACAGGUAAUAAAGCAUUGGGAGGGAGUGGAGCUGGGCAUGGGUUAGUGAGAAGGCCCUCUCUCUCAUUCACUUCUAACAUUGGACAGCAGGGCCUGAAGGGGUUGGAGGAGCUGGGUCCAGGGGGAGAGGAGAGAAUGGGAAAUGUAACCCAAGAUACCAAAGGGUGACUGGCCCAUUGGACAAAGGGAUUAGCUCAAGGAUAGGUAACCCUCUCUCUCUAGGGCGAAGGGAGGGUCCAUCCUUGGGGAGGUCUCUCUGGGGAGGGUUCCACUUCUGACACAGUUCUCUGAGGACUCCCCAUUUUUUGUCUCACUCUCUAUCCUGGGUCCCUGUUUACUUUGAUCCUAGCUCCUUAUCCCUCAUCAGGUUCUGAUCUAGCCAGUGCCAGUGACCAGCCUCUUUGCACUGAUUCCUCUCUCUACUCCCAGUCAACUCCAUCCUCUCCUCCUACCCCCUAUACUGAUAGAGACUAUCUAUCCCCGGAUACUUAGGUGGGAUGGUCUGCUGGGCCAGAGAGUUCUUCAACAACCAUCAGUUCCACCCUCCAUCCCAGAAUUUCCCUGAUAGAGAGAUAGUCCAAGGUCAGGAUGACCUGCCCAUACACUUAUCACCUUCCUUCCCUUAUCAUUUGUCCUCUGAAAUUAGAAAGCAGAAAUCCUAUUUCUCCCCACUCACACCCCACCCAAAGGGUUCACCCUUAAUUCUUUACAGCCCUACCAUGGAGAGAGAGCCUCUUCCCCCUUGGCCCUGCCCUCGGGAAUCUCCAGCAGGACACCUGUGCUUUGCUGACCUGGCCCUCCCUAUGUUAUAUUUCUCUCCCUUCUAGAUUUAUAUAAAUAUAUAUGUAUAAUAUUUCUUUAUCUCUCACCUGUGUCAGUGACUUUCCCAUCCUCUGAAGAGAGCAAAUUGUAUUUUUCCUUAUGUCUGUUUUCCAGUUCAAGCAUUGGAUAUGAAGACAUAGCCCAUCUUCCCCUUAUCUCCCUGGUUGCUACCCCACCCUCCAGCCACUACCCUCUGCAGGUCUGCCCUCAGCCCUGGUCUAGCCACCCACUCACCCACCUACAAAGUCCAUAUUGAAGAUUCCAGAACCCAAGGGAUCUCAUCCCUGCCUGGAAAA